AUGGAGGUGUGUAAGUACUACCGUACCGGCUCCUGCAAACGUGGAGAUAAGUGCAAGUUCUUACACGAUAACAAUGGCGCAGCGCACACUGAAUCAUCAACCCUGCGCGCAAACGCCGAAGACUUCGUUACUCCCGCUCCUCGUAUGUGCCACUUUUUCAGCAAGGGUCGAUGCAGAAACGGCGAUGCCUGCAAAUUCUCUCACUUGCCGCUCAACAAUGAGGCACCGCAGUCUGACCAACAGGAAGGGUCAGCAGCAUCGGACGAUGUCUUGAGACAUGCCGACCCUGCCGUCCGAAACCCUAAUAUUCAAUUGAGUAUGGAAGGAGCAGUUGUGCAAUUCGGCCCAGGUGCUGAAGUUCAAGAUGUGCGAUUUCCGGCCCUGGAGGCAUUGGUGACUGGCAAGCUUCGGGGUAAUACACCAAUGACAAAGGUUCAGAUUCGUACAGUCUGCUGUUCCUGGUUCAAUGCUUCGAAACUUGCGUACUUGCACUACAAGAGUCCCACAUGGGCAAAUUCUGCAGCAAAGCGGUUCGAGAAGAAGUUCGAAGGCAGACAGGUUCAAACCAAGAUCAUACCGCCUCCAGCUCAUCACGGAAGCAAGACGUCGAUAUGGUCUGUCAAGCUGGGUAAUCUGUGCGCCGACACCAACGAGGCACAGCUUCUGGAUAUACUGAAGAACCUUCGUCCAGAGAAGAUGGCUUUCGGCAAAGCAACGUCACAUACGACCGUGGAGGAGGCCAUUUACUCGGUCAAGCAGUUGCUCUCCCAAUCUGGUCUGAAAGUGGAAGCCUCUGACGCCAUCCAAACACCAAGCGGGUCAAAGACGAGGUUGUUUAUUCGGUUCAAGACGUUCUCCGAUGUACAGCUAGCCCUGGACCUCUCCGGUACACUCCCGCCGAAGAUGGACUCAAAGGUUUACGUCGAACAAAUGACCACCGUCAAGAUUCCGGUGCUCGAAGAGAUGUAUAGCGUGCUUGGUUUCGCGAUACAGAAGCUGCAAGAAGAGAAGUCUGAUGGUACACAGAUUUCGAUACAUGAUGAUCAACGCCACAAGCCGGUGAGCAUACGAAUCUAUGGGCAGAAGUGCAAAGGGGUUGCCAAGGUCAAAGCUGAAGUGGAAAAGCUAUUGAAGGGCGAAGUCGUGCUGCACGAUGAUAGUACCAUACUCUGGGACGACUUCUUCGGUAUUUCCGCUGGCUUCUCCUACAUACGUAGUCUCUCGCAGCCAGGCAAGCUCUUUGUUUAUCGAGAUGCGCUUAGACGACAGCUUCGCCUGUACGGUUCUGCCGACCUCAAGCAACUUGCGCGUCAAGCGUUGUUGACCUACCUCAAGAUCCGUGGCCAGUGUCUACAUUGCAUCCCACUUGAUGGGGAACUCUGGCACACAGCUCUCCAUGGUGGUUUCCGACAAGUGAUCAGCAGAUUCGGGAAAGAGAAAGCAAAGCUGGACAUCACUCAGACGCCUCGGCUGCUUGUCAUCCAGGGAAGUCCAGAGGACGCUCAAGCAGCCCGAGAAAUUAUCGCCGCGGUGGCAGAAGAUGAGAGCAUUGGCACCCGAGACGAGGAAGGCAAAGAGUGUCCUGCGUGUCUCUCUAUGGCUGAGAACCCGGUCGAACUGAGCUGUGGGCACCAGUACUGUCGAGACUGCUUCGAGGAUCAGUGUCGGGCCGCUGAAGUCGGGCGACUACCCAUCAUUUGCUAUGGCGAUGAAUCGAAAUGUCAAAGAGCCGUACCUCUGGCCGCGUUGCAAGAGGUUUUGUUGCACGAGCAGUACGAAGACCUGUUGUCUUGGUCGCUGAAACACCAUGUCCGCUCACAUCCAACCACUCUAUCUUACUGUCCUACACCAGACUGUCCAACGAUAUUCAGGCUUACGGACGAAGCCAUGGCGUUGCCUUGCGAACAUUGUCUGACCUCGAUAUGUACCAAAUGUUGCACGGCCAGCCAUGAAGGACUUCCAUGCGACGCCUCAGACGAGGAAAAGUCCGUAGAAGGCCGGAAAAAUCAGCAGUAUAUGGAGAAGAACAAUAUCCGGACAUGCUCGAACUGCCGAGCUCGAAUCUCAAAGAUAGAGGGCUGCUACCACAUCGCGUGUGUCUGUGGGAAACAUUUCUGUUGGCUGUGUGAAGCGGUCUUUGACAGCGAUCCCGAGUGCUACGGCCAUCUACGCCAGGUACACGGUCGGAUCAGCGACGAGCAUGCCCAUCUCGAUGAUGAGAACGUUGAUCCCGAGGGCGAGGAUGAUGACCUUGAUAUGCAAGACCCUCACAUCCAAAAUCUGUUACUUGCUGGCUUAAUAGCCAUCGGUCGAUGA